AUUCAAUCUAUGGAAAUUGAGCUAUCAAAGGUUGCAGUUUCUUCAGCUCAUGGUGAAGACUCACCAUAUUUUGCAGGAUGGAAAGCUUAUGAUGAAAACCCUUAUGAUGAAGUUCACAACCCAUCAGGCAUCAUUCAAAUGGGCUUAGCUGAAAAUCAGGUUUCAUUUGACAUGGUGGAAGAGUACUUGGAAGAACACUCAGAACAAGCUCUAUUGGGGAAGAAAAAUAAAAGGUCUUCCUUUAGAGAGAAUGCCUUAUUUCAAGACUACCAUGGAUUACUAUCUUUUAGAAAGGCUAUGGCAAGUUUUAUGGAGCAAAUUAGAGGCGGAAAGGCAAAAUUCAACCCGGAGAGGAUUGUUUUAACGGCUGGUGUGACGGCUGCAAACGAGUUGUUGACUUUUAUCUUAACCAAUCCCGGCGAUGCUUUGCUUGUCCCCACACCUUAUUAUCCUGGAUUGGAUAGAGAUUUGCGAUGGAGAACAGGUGCGAAAAUCAUACCAAUACAUUGCGAAAGUUCGAACGGUUACCAAGUAACUCCCAAAACCAUGGAAGUUGCAUACCAAAAUGCACAAUCCAUGAACAUGAAAGUGAGAGGGGUGCUCAUAACAAAUCCCUCCAACCCUUUAGGGGUAACUAUCCCUCGCUCCACCCUUGAGGAAAUCUUCAAUUUUGUUAUCCAAAAGAACAUCCAUCUCGUCUCGGACGAAAUCUACUCAGGAUCUGUGUUUUCUUCGUCUGAUUUUGUUAGCAUAGCCGAGAUCUUGGUAUCCAAAAAUUACAAAGAAGCUGAGAGAGUUCACAUAGUCUAUAGUCUCUCAAAAGACCUCGGACUCCCAGGGUUUAGGGUCGGGACUAUAUACUCGUACAACGACAAAGUUGUGACCAUCGCUAGAAGAAUGUCUAGUUUCUCUCUUAUCUCCUCUCAAACACAACAUUUACUCGCAUGCAUGUUGUUGGACGAGAAUUUUACGGAGAAGUAUAUAAGAGUGAACCGCGAAAGAUUGUUAAAGAGACAACAACUUAUGGUAAACGGAUUGAGGGAGUACGGAAUAGAGUGUUUGGAAGGGAAUGCAUGUUUGUUUUCUUGGAUGAACUUGAGCCCGUUUCUUGAGGAACCUACUAUGGAAAGCGAAUUGGUUCUUUGGAAUUCAAUAGUAAAUGAGGUGAAGUUGAAUAUUUCUCCGGGCUCGUCUUGCCAUUGCGUGGAGCCAGGAUGGUUUAGAAUUUGUUUUGCCAAUAUGAGCGAAAAGACACUUGAAGUUGCACUCGAAAGGAUUGGUGACUUCAUACUUAAAAGGAGGGCAAAUAAGUAA